GAGCGAUUUGUAUUAUUUUACCUAUACAACGAUGUGAAGAAAUUUUAUAUUUUUAUGUACAUUCACUGUACACCGUUAUACAGACGUACGUCAAUGUUUAUCCAUGUUGACCAUAGAAAACUUCCAGAAUGAGAUAGAUAAUGAAUAUGUUAUAUUUGUAAGCAUUGAACAUUGUCUUUGUAAACGCACAAGUAAACUGUUCUAUAAAUAAUGUUUUAAAAACGUCCCGGUCGAGUGACCACAUACAAAUCGCUCACUCAAUGGUAGCUUGACAAAAGGACCAGUCGGUUGCAGCGUUGCGACACGUCUAAUAACACAUAUUUCUAAACUGAUGAAUCUUAUUGAAGGUACUGAUAUAUCUGUAGUCAAUGCAUAGUUACAUUAAGAAUUUGGCAAUUUUGAACUUGACGGUGUUAACUUACUUUUACAAUUUGGGUUACAUUCAGCACAUCAUCAAAUACAUUUAUUGUGUUUUUACAUCAAAUUUAAGCUACUCUUUUGUUACUCGUCUUUAACGCGCUGGUUUACAUAUGGGACAUACGUGAUACAUAGCUCACUCGUAAACUGUUCUAUAAACAAUGUAUUAAUUAUUUAACACACUAUGUUUACAUGCACGUGGACCCCUUGGCUACCCCUACCCGGUAUCAUAUUUGUGGGCGUGGCUGGUCAGGCUUUGCUGAUAUCUAAUUUAAUGCAGGUGCUGCCAUUACUACAGCGAGGGUCCUCCAUUUACAUUGGUCUAAUCAACGGUUGUCUGGACUCGUCUGUUUUGACAAUGAUGGUAGUUAAGAGGUUACAUGAAGACGGAGUCAAUAAGAAAUUCUCUUUAAUUGGCACCGCCAUCUUGUUUGUCCUGGUGGUAGGUAUAUGUACACUACUCCAUCCGACAACACAAAAAAGGGACGUAACCGAUGGAAACCAGACGACUAAACGAAAUGAGGAAAACGAUGAACCCGAGGAAAAUGAAAAGGCUAAAGAAAAAGUGAUAGAGGAUAUCGUAAACAAGAGAGAAUUAACUUCCGGUGACGGCGAUCGAACUUCCGGCGACAUGAUGAAUAUGACAAUUGGUGUAAUACUUUGUCAUCACCUCUUUAUUUCACAUGUUAUGUGGUUGAGUGUUGUGUUGUUGAAGUUCUACUACUUCCUCGGAUCAGCAAACAGAUUUAUGGAACACAUUCUCCAAGACGAAAGUAAAGUAAGCUAUUUCACGGACGUCAUGUCCUUCGUCAUGCUUGGAGGUUUGGUAUCAUCUUUCAUCGCCGGAUACACAAUGGAUGCGAUGGGAAAGGUGUUCAAAGGUAUCAUGAGGACAGUGAUCCCCCUUGCAGUGACGUCAUGUUUGACGAUUCUGUUGUCUGCCCUAGCAUUUAUAUCCACACCGACAGCGUUGUAUGUCGACUUCGUCGUGCUGACCUUUCUCCGAUCUUUCGUCUAUAGCAUUCACGUACAGUACAUCAGAAUCGCAUUUCCCAUGAAAUACAUAAGCAUGGUAUACGGAAUGGCUGUUUCUAUUUCUGGGAUUUUGACCAUGAUUCAGUAUGGCCUGUUUGCUUGGACGGAGGAAUAUGUUGGGGCAAUGACACACGUGAACGUAUUCCUGUUGUGUGCGUCAUGUAUCUCCUUGUUCCAUCCCAUCCUCGUCUUCUUCAGCUACAGACGAAGUAGAUACACUUACAUUAUUAAAGGAUGAAUGCGGAGUCUAUUGAUUGAAGGAUGAGUUAAAUAAUUGAAUGACGAGUCAAAUGAUUGAAGAAGGAGAGUUAAAUGGUUGAAGGAGGAGUCAAAUGACUGAAGGAGGAGUCAAACGAUUUAAGGAGGAGUAAAAUAAUUAAAUGGUGUCAAAUGGUUGAAGGAGAAGUCAAAGGAGGAGUCAAAUGAGGAGUCAAAUGAUUGAAGGAAGUGUCAAAUGAUUUAAGGUGGAGUAACAUUAUCCAAGUAGGAGAUUAUUUUGUGCUAUUGAUGAGGCGAUGAUAGCCUAUAAUGGGAGCCUUAGCUUUAAGCAAUAUAUACCUGCUAAACCUGUUAAAUUUGGAAGCAAGGUAUUGGAAAAUAGCAAAGUUCGUAUGUCGUUGGCUAGUGGCGACAACCGGCCACAUUCGAAAUAUAAAACAACUGAAGGCGAGGCGAGUUUGUCUCAGCGGCAGGCAGCGAGGCAGACCCUUGACUCAGCGACUAUCGGCAAGUAUGCAGUGAAACCCCACGUACUCGAACUCGCAUUACUCGAAAAAACCUGUUCCCCGAAGAGUUUGCUUUGUCCCGACCAUGUUCUUAUGUAUUCUAUGUAAAUUAACCUUGGAUUACUCGAACUGACAUUGCGUUUAUACAGGUGUCAGCCGGAUGUCAGAUAACUAGAGGAUUUACGGCAGUAUCAUUAAGUAACUGUACCGUUACCUUGUUGUAGAUGCAUUAUCAUUGUGUGUACAUUAUUAUUAUUUCCUUGCGAUCUUUGGCAUCGAUGUUUCAGCGGAUUCCCGACCACCUUGAACGAUAUUCAUUCCUGAAUACUUGGAGAUUGUUCUUUUGUUAGAAAUCAACAUUAUAAAAACAGGGAUUCAAGAUCUCAUAAUUUUGAAAUGAUCGAAGUGUUUCUCUCGUUUUCAAAUUUGUCUAAUUAACGUAGCCGAAUACAGUAUGGCAUACUUUGUCUAAACGACAAGUACGUGUCACAUUACUACAGCUUCUUCAUUUUACUUCAUUCCUAAAUACCGAUGCCUAUAUGUUUUCAGUUUUGAGCAAUUUUAUAUCUUAUUAAAUGUUG